AUGACUUACCAAACAGAGGAGAUAAGGAUAGCAAGUGGAAUUUUCCAAGGCGACAGCUUCAGUCCCUUAUGGUUCUGCGCAGCCCUGAACCCCCUUAGUAGUAUGAUCAACAGAUCUUCAUACGGAUAUGCUAUAGACAGUAAUAACAUACUAACACACUUGUUCUAUGUGGAUGACUUGAAGCUCUUCGCCAGGGGCCGAAAACAGUUGGAAGGGGAACUAGAGCUGGUAAGGAAUUUCAGUGACGACAUCGGAAUGACAUUGGGUUUAGGAAAAUGUGCGGUAGUGGAAGUCAGGAGAGGAAAACUGGUACAGCAGGGGAGUAUACGGCUAGGAGACGGGCGGUCAAUAGAUAGCUUGAGAAUUGAGGACAGCUAUAGAUACUUAGGAGUUCAACAAACCUAUGAAAUACGUCAACAAGACAACAAACAACUUGCAGAAGAAGAACUCAUCAGAAGGGUGCGAAGGAUUCUCGGAACGCAGCUGUCUGCAAAAAACAUAAUGACAGCAAUAAAUAUAUGGGCCAUACCAUCAUUUACUUAUACGGCUGGCGUCCUGUCUUGGUCAAAAACGGACCUAGAAAGAAUAGAUAGGAAAAUUCGCACAACACUUACGAAGUAUGGUACCCUCCAUCCCAAUUCAGCUAUAGAAAGAAUAUACUUACCCCGUAAAGAAGGUGGAAGAGGUCUUAGAAGUCUGGAGGAAGCCUGUCUGAAAGAAGAGAAAAGCAUAAGAGAAUACUUUGUCAGGAGCAACCGCCCACUACAUAAAUGGGUCAAUACGUACCACCACGCACCCAACAGAGCUGGGGCAGCAAUCCCGGAAGAACCUGAAAGAGAAAAUCAGUUGGAAAGCAUGAAACAGAGUUGGAAAUCUAAAUCACUACACGGUAGAUUCUAUGCAAGUAUGCAGCAAGAGGAAGUAGACGUUACAAAGUCGAACACUUACCUUACUCAAGGAUAUUUGUAUCCUCAAACGGAGGGUACAUUGUUGGCCAUACAGGACCAGGUAGUGCCAACAAGAUCGUAUAUUAAGCACAUAAUGAAGCAGCAGAUCGAGUCAACUAAAUGCCGGUUGUGCAAUAGCUAUGAAGAGACAAUACAACACCUCUCAUCUGGAUGCUCACAAAUAGCCGGAACAAAAUACCUCUCUCGGCAUAAUGAUAUGGGAAAGGUGGUUCACCAGCAGAUGUGUCUUCGAGAAGGACUGCUCCGGCACUUUACUCCGUACCACCUAUAUACCCCACAAGCGUUGUUAGAGAAUGAAAACACCAAGAUCUACUGGGAUUUAACUGUGGUGACCGAUUUAGGGAUAGAGCACAACCGACCGGACAUGGUCGUGUGGAAUAAGGUGAACAAGACCGCACUUAUCAUCGACUUUGCUGUGCCCCUAGAUAAUAACCUAUCGAAAGCGUAUGGAGAAAAGGUAGCAAAGUACGAGGCGCUUGCACGACAGAUGAAGGACCUGUGGAAGUUGAAAUCCGUCAAGAUAAUGUCUUUAAUUAUAAGCGCCAACGGACUAGUACAUCGAAGGACUGCCGCACAUGUUGAGGAACUGAACUUGCCUCAAAACACAAUAACGUGGAUGCAGAAGGCCGUUGUCCUUGGCUUCUUGGAGUCCGGGCAACUUUGUUACCCCACGAAAGUGUGA